GCUGGUUUGUAUUUUGAGCUGCAACGACUCUCUGUAGUCUGUACUAUCAACAUUUCUACAGACAGACUCACAGCUCUAUCUCUUCACUCAGAUGUGCGACUUUUAAUCAUCGUACAUCAAACGAGGGUCGUUUUCGGGUCAGUCUGCUGAAAUGACAAGGCUGUGACAGUGUGUGUGUCCAAGUGUGUCUGUACUGGACCGAUUCCUGUGACAUGGCCGCUGCUAAGAAGAGUUGUGCGAAGGCGGGAGGUGUGCGCUUCUCAGAGAAACCUCCUGCUGCCAGCGCCUCAUCGCAUGUUCACUUUGACGAAAAGCUGCAUGACUCUGUUGUCAUGGUGACUCCAGAGGAGGAUGGCAACUUCAUGGUCAAGGUUGGCUUUCUGAAGGCGCAGCACCGCUACGAAAUCACGUUCACCUUGCCUGAAGUCCCAUCUCUGAAGGAUGCUUGUCCGGCGCCGGUACCCAGUCCACACCUCCGGAUUACUGAUAUCACACCCGCAGAAGGAGGUCUGAAGGUAACGUGUGAAUACAUGGCGCAGCAGGAAGGAGUUCUGUGUGAGGAGGUGCAACUGCUGAGCGAAACCAACAAGGACACUUGUGUCAAAGUCAAAGUUCACGCCAGAGUCAUGGAUCGUCACCACGGUACACCCAUGCUGCUGGAGGGCGUCCGCUGCAUCGGGGUGGAGCUGGAGUACGACUCUGAACAGAGUGACUGGCAAGGAUUUGACUGACUCUCAUAUUCCUGCUCCUAUUCGCAUACACGCACACACGCACACGCCAUAUCCUGAAAACAGAAGAAGAAAUAGAAACAUACAUAGUGCACUCGUAGCGCCACAUGCAGCAUAUGAAAACCCCGGUGUUGAGUUUUGGAGUUCAGACGAAAUAGAUAACGUCUCUGCAAACAUUUACAUACAAGAACAUUCCUCCGCUGUGAAUUUCACCGCAACAUCUGCAGCAUCUCAACGGACAUUUUGUCACAUUUCUUCUGUCUACGACUCCUCCAAAAAGCCCUAUAAACUCCUCCACCAUCUCCACCUCUCUCUCUCUCGCCCAUCCACUUGUUUUAAGUUCUGUUGUUGAUGUGUGUUUUCUUUACUGAACCUCUAGGGGGCAGCAGUGCUCUUUAAAUCAGCGCAGCCUCAGCUCCUUUUUCUCACUGCCUCUUGUGCUCCAGUUCACUCUUUUUCCUGAUGUGCAAACUGAACAAACUGUAUCCCACAUGGAUUUAAAUGUGCAGGUGUGUAUAAAGGGCUCUUUUAUUAAUCAAUCUACUUGAAAUUGAGCUAAAAGAAUGGUGUUCUGCACAAAUCAGGGAAAUGAGGUCGAAUUUAGUAGCAGUGCUGAUCCUGUAAUGUCUCUGUUUAACCACCAGGGGGCACUACAGACCACUGUAUGUAACGCUCUCCAUUCUGAAGGCUUUUUUAGGGCAAAUUAUGAUCCUUAACUGUGCUGCAGGGUGGUAUUAUUUAAAGGAAAAAUCCAACUUGGACACUCACACUUUUAAAAUCUCGGUUGCUUCUUUAUAUUUUUGUUUUACCCCAACCUGCUUUGUCUACAUCUACUGAUAUUUUGGGAAAUCCCUUCAGAAAUAUGUGUGAAGGUGUAAGUGAGGAAAUAAUUGGCAGCAGCAAUAAUGGAGAUGGGUUUUGUACCUGCCAUGAGAAAUACCUCAAAACACAUUUUUCCAGCUAUAGAACAUGAAACUGGUCUUUUUGAGUUGUAUCUGUUUAAUACGUGUGAAUUAUUGUGCAUCUAGACACAAAUGCACUUUUUCUUUCAUUAUGAGGAACUGACACCAAAAUCUGUGAAACGUUUUCUGACAUGCUUUUUAUGUUUGUCCACUUUCUACAGAAAUAAAAAAUCACAAGAGAGCUGCAACAACUAGUCAAGUAAUCAAUUAAUUGGUAGCUGUUUUGAUAAUCGAUUAAUCGUUUUAGUCAUUUGUUUCAAGCAAGAAUUCAAAUUUUCAUCAGUUUCAGCAUCUCAAUUGUGACAUUUUGCAGUGUUUUCUUUAUCAUUAUUGAAAUACAGGCAAACUGACAUCAAUGUAGGCUGUAAGACUUUUUUGUAGCAUUUCAUUGACUAAUUAAUUGAUAAUAGAGCUGCAACAAAUUAUUUUCAUUCUCAUUUAAUCUUCAGAUUACUUUUUCAAUUGAUCGAUUAAUUAUUUUUUUCUAUAAAACAUCUGAACAGUGAAAAAUGUUCAUCACAGUCUCCUGGAGUCCACAGUCCAACGCCCAAAUAUAUUACAAUUACUGUCAUUUAAGACAAGGAAAGGCAGCAUAUUGUCAAAUUUGAGGGUCUGAUAGAAUCACAUUUUUGCUCCUAAAAGUGUCUAAAUGAUUAAUCAGGUAUCAAAGUAGUUGCAGAUUAAUUUCCUGUCCAUCAACCAAUCGAUUAGUUGUUGCAGCUCUAGAAAAUAAUCAGUUGCAUCCCUAAUUCAAAACCAAACCAUUGCACAUACCCAACAGCUGUAUUUUAAAGGUGUUUUUUGGGUGGAUUUUUCCUUUAAGGUAGCCCUGCUGCAGCCAGGCCUCAGCAGGCUUCAGGAAGGAUUAACAUUUAGUCUCUUUUGUUUGAAUUGAUGAAGCCUUCAGGACGCACAUGCGACACAAGUGCCUUCCAUUGUACUGUCCGAAUGACUUAACAUUGUUUUACCCCGACACAUACUGCAACCACCAGACAAACGCACGGAGCAGUCUGAAGCAGCGGGGAGGUGACUGCACAUGUUGAAAGCCCGGUGACACCUCUGGGGGAGGGAAGGGCAAAUAGAAAAAUAUAUCUAUGGGAUCAGAAAACUGUAGAAAUGUUGCUCUCUUGAUCCGGUGUGACGCCUUCUUUGUUUGUUGUCCUUCCAAGUGUUAAAAUACCACCACCAUCACCAUCAUCAUCAUCAUCAUCACCAUUACAUUUCCACCAGCUCUGAUCCGACAGGUGUAGCUAUCUGACUCAGCCUCCAUCAGUUUAAAUAAUAUUCAUUCAUAAAAAAUGAAAUAAAAACAUGAGAAUCGUAGCUCACAUCCUGAUCGAUUAACAUUUGUACUCAUAGAGCAAGUGCCAUGAUCUCCAUUAUCAUAUCACCUUCUGACAACAAUCAUAUCCUUUUUCUCCCCUUUUCUGUCACACCCUUUUUUUUAUGCAUUCAGCCUUAAAUGAAACGAUUCUGUGUCUCUCUACAUAGUUGACCACGAGUUCUUCUUCUCGGUGUAGUUUGCAGAUUACACUGAUUUAUUUAUCGUUUGCUUGCUUGUCACUAGGUCAAAGUCUGUUUUUUUGGUUUUUUUGGCUCCUUCUCAUAGUGUGAAACUGAAGUGCUCUAUAUGUAAUGUUUCAAGAAUGUAGCAGUUUCUAUGUUGACAUCUGCUCCUCCCUAUGUGUGCGUGAUUUGUACUUUUUGAUGUCACAAAAUAUAUUAAAAAAUAAAUAAAAACGUGUCUGUG